GCGGGCCGUCUCUUCGUUGUAGGGACGAUGGAAACAUCGCUGAUUCUCUUUCCCCAACUGAAUAUGUGCGAACCAAAGGAAAAGACUUUUUUCAAGUUGAUUCAUGGUGCAGCCAAAGACGACUCGAGCAGAGAGGCCAAACUCAGAGCCAAGGAGAAAAGAAACCGGCUAAGUCUCCUUCUGCAGAAACAAGAGUUUCAUGAAGAGCCACAGGCCAGGAGAUCGGGGCACUUGGCCAGAGAAACGAGAGUCUGCCCUGAAGAAGCGACAAGAUGGGGAGAAUCGUUUGACAAACUGCUUUCCCAUAAAGAUGGACUGGAGACUUUUACCAGGUUUCUCAAAACCGAAUUCAGUGAGGAAAACAUUGAAUUUUGGAUGGCCUGCGAGGACUUCAAGAAAAGCAAAGACCCUCAACAAAUGAUCUUCAAAGCAAAAGCAAUAUACGAGAAAUUCAUCCAGAAUGAUGCUCCGCAAGAGGUUAACCUUGACUUUCACACCAAAGAGCUCAUUGCAAAGAGCAUCACGAAGCCCACCCUGCACAGCUUCGACGCCGCGCAGAGCAGGGUCUAUCGGCUCAUGGAGCAAGACAGCUACACCCGCUUUCUGAAAUCGGACAUCUACUCAGACUUGAUAGCGGGGAGACCCCAGAGACCGAGCAACCUCCGGCGACGGUCACGUUCCUUCACCUACAACGAAUUCCAGGACGUGAAGUCGGACGUCGCCAUCUGGCUAUAAAGAAAGAUGCUUUUGCUCAUGUCGGGGGCGAGGUUGUAUGUCUGCUUCUAAGGCACAGCUGUGUGUUAACAAAGGGGCCCGUCGUUUAAAAUAAAAUACGUCGUGUGAAAGGA